AGUUUUUGACUUGCUAUUGAAUGUGUGUUCUAUAUAAAGCCCAAACUCCCAAAUUGUUGCAGUUGAGGGAGAUUUUUUACUCUUAUUUCCUAUCUCCCAACUUUAAACACAUAAACUCUCAACUCAGUGCCUUUUCACUCACUAACUCACUGAGUCAGUCACUCACUCAAAACUCAACUAUGGCAGCCAUUUUUAAGCUGUUUCUCUCUCUACUCUUUUGUAUCGUUCUCUCCUCCCUUUCAGGAGAAGUAAGUGGAGCAAAAAUGGUUCUAUUGAACAAAUGUAGCUACACAGUAUGGCCAGGAAUCCAGCCAAGUGCUGGUAAAGAGAUCUUAGCUCGCGGUGGCUUAACGCUGCGGCCUAACAAAUUCCAAGUCAUUGAAAUGCCCGCCGGGUGGUCCGGCCGAGUGUGGGGUCGGCACGGCUGCCGUUUUGAUGCGCACGGUCAUGGAACCUGCGCCACCGGUGACUGUGGUGGUACACUUUACUGUGCUGGUGCUGGUGGGGCACCUCCGGCUACACUUGCUGAGAUCACCCUUGGACAAGAACAGGACUUCUACGAUGUAAGUCUAGUAGACGGCUACAAUCUCGCAAUCUCAAUGGUACCCUUUAAAGGUGCAUCUGGACAAUGCGCACCAGCGGGAUGCAUUAGCGACCUAAACACAAUGUGUCCGGUCGGACUCCAAGUCAGGAGUGCACAUGGGGGCGUAGUAGCGUGUAGAAGCGCUUGCUCGGCUUUCAACUCGCCGAGGUAUUGUUGCACGGGCACGUACGGUACCCCUCAAGCAUGUAAGCCCACGGCAUACUCCAAAAUCUUUAAGGCUGCUUGUCCGCGCGCGUACUCGUACGCGUAUGAUGAUCCCACUAGUAUUGCUACUUGCACUAGGGCUAACUAUUUGGUCACUUUCUGUCCCCACCACCGCCACUGACUAGCAUUGAGCAGAGGGCAAAAAAAAAACAUAAAAAUUUAAAAAAAAUGAAAAAGUUUGGGGUAGUAGAUCUAUGAAAAAUUAAAGUAGCUGGAUUUUAUUGAGUAGUGGGAGAUUCUGUUUGUAUGUCAGAUGGAUAAGAAUAUAAUAGAUGGAUGUCGGUCUACUGUAUUUGUAUGUUUAGAGGGACUAGUAUUAUAAUACUACCUUGAGUACUUUUGUUUGAUUAUACAAUGUCUUAGAUCUUGUGUUGA